UAGCACAGCAGAGGGGGGUGUGGUGUGUCUUCCUCACACCCCGCGCUGGGGCUCACGCCACGAUAUGAGCAACAAGCAGCGGCCGCCGUUUCCGCCCAGCAGGUCGUACGAGGUGAACGUUGAGGACGAGAUCCCUCUGCUGAGGAUUCACGUCGUGUCCGCGAGGGGAUUGCCGAGGUCCGCCGGCGCCGUGGGGUUGGCUCGAGCCCGGGGCAUGCCCGACCCAUAUGUGGUGGUCAAGUUCAACGGAGAAAAGGUCGGGUGUACGAAGGCCGAUCGCGGUACGAGAAGGCCGGAGUGGAACCAGAACUUUCUCAUCAGGUCAGACCUCGCCGAGCCCGCCACCGCCCUUCCCAGGCGAGACGUCGGAGAUGUCGGAGAUGACAUGUCCAACCCAGACGACGACUACCGCCAAGAGCCUCAAGGGGAAAGAAAUCGCUGCUCGUGCUCCGCCGAGGCCGCUACCGGCGAAGGGGGCUCCGCGGACUGCGAAGCGGAGUGGCGUAGGGGAGGCGUUGACGAGGUAGUGCUGGAGCUGUGGGACGAGUACGGCGCGGUGAUCGGAGGGGACAGGUUGAUCGGAGUCUGCCGCAUCUCGUCGAGCGAGCUGAGGAGGCUCGGGUCCUCGACAGUGCCGGCGGACCUGAAGCUGAGGGACCCCAGGGGCUUGUGGUGGGGCAGCAGCAGGGGUACCAUCCGCAUCGCCGUGAGCCUAGAAAGGCUACAGGCGAACAUUAUCCGAGCCGCGUUGCCCCCGAACAGAGCAUCGGUCCUGGGGGUACCGGAGGGGGUGACGCGCACGGCGUCCGGUGAGGCGAAGGGGGAGGAGACCGCCCCUCCCACGGAGCUUUCCUGCAAGGUUCUGUGGAACGGGCACGACUUUUCUAGCCCCAGCCGGUGGGACAAAGUGUUCUGCAUGACGGCCGCCAACAACCAAUUGUGGCUGGACAUCAGAGCCGCUCCAGACCUGGUCAACUCGGCGGGGCUUCGCCCAGCCCGCUCCCGGAAAGGGCCACCCCCGGUGGAUGCCGUAGACGGCGCGGAUGUCCUUGUCCCACCCCCUGAGGGCCACAGCACUGCGGUCGAGGGCACCGCAGCGGCGGUGCGACGAUCAGAAGCGAUUGCGCCGGUAGAAACGGUGGCGGCGGCGGCGGCGGCGGCGGCGGCGUCUACAACUGCGGCGGCGGCGGCGGCGGUGGUGUCACCGGCGGGCACACCCCUGGAGACCCUUGAGAGCCCGGCGGCUUCUCCGCUGUCGGGGCAACGGCAACGACGAAAACAGCAGCAGCGAGAGACGUCGGCAUGUCGGCGGCAGCAGCAGCAGCAGGGUUCGGAGCCAGCCCGAAGAAUCUCCGAACGCGAAGAAGGAGAAACAAGAGAGCACAAGACGGAAGCAGCGCGCAAAGGACGACGGGGGGCACGAGCGAUACCAUCCGCGGGGACCCCCAACCCUCGAGAAGACCCCGCCGGCGCAAGCGAGGAGGCACGCAGCAGCAGCGAGACAGCGGCGGCGGCGGUGGCCCCUGUGGCCGCGUCCCCCGUCGCCGCAAUCGCCGCCGCCGUCGCGACGGCGGCUGUAGCCCCCGCCGCCGUCCUCCUAGAGGGCGUCCUCGCGGUCGCCCGCAGCGCCGCGAGGCCCGCGGCGAGGCGGGAGCAUCGGCGGCGGGCAGCUGUGGUGGACAACACUUGGGCCGGGAGCCGGAGCUGCAUCCUGACGGUGGGGCUGGCGUACCACCUGAGCACGUUUGACGCCCAGGGCUUGGCCGACAUGCUCAACUCGGAGGAGAAGUCUACGGAGAGGAUGGCAGGGACAAAGGAGUGGCACGAAAAGGGCUUCCGGCUGCACUGGGACCCAGUCCGAAGAAGAUUUACGAUUCUUAAUGUCUCCAGGAGAAGCUUCGUGCUGAGGGGUGCCUGCAGCUCGUUGGCUACUGCUCUCCUCGGCUUCCGCGAAAAAGACCACUUCUCGAAGCCGGUAGCGGAGGCCGUUCUCGACCCUCAACAUCCCAGCGACCCCCCUCGACGGCACAUGGGUAUCACCGGCGACACGGUGCCCCUGCCUUUGCUACGGCCACACUGGAUGCGCAUCGUGUGGGGCCCCCCUGCGAUGGAAAUCACACGGGGGGGCGAGCUUCGCGUACAGGUGUGGUCCAGGCAGCCGACGGGGCCUACCCUUCGGUCGCUGCAACGCCGGAGACGACGGAGAUCGUCCAUAGGCUGCGCCGGCCAGAGCGAAGAUGGCGCUUCACUCGUUGGGACAGCGGUCCUUGAUUCUGCGGAAGUGAGUCGGUGUACUAGACAACAGACACGUAAUGCGGCUACUGUUAGACCCUGGGGUUACCCCUAUUUUGAGGCCAAAAAUGUGUCCCAAACCGGGUGA